AAUAAACAUUGGAAAACAAAAAUCCCCCAAAACUUCUUAAACCUAACCCCUACUGUUCUUCCAUCAUCGAAUCAGAGAACUCAAGAUCACUCAACUCACUAUCUACUGACCUACUGAUCCUUUAAGCUUUAAUCGCUAGGUUCUCGUUCUUUCCCUUCCGCACUCUCCUCGUAUACCCAAGAAUCACUUUCAGGUUUUUUCUCUAUUGCUUUUUACUGUUUUUCGAACUCCAUUUGACAGACGAAGAAGGGGAUUUGGUUUAUUAAUGGUAGAAUUGUUGAGGAUGUUAAAAUCAUUUCCUUGAAAAAUAUUAAUCUCUGGUUUGUUUUUUCUAUUUGAUUAUCUUUAGUAUGAUUUCUAGUUUAGUGUAAAAAAAUGGGGAAAGGAAGACCUAGAUCAGUGGAGAAAGGUGUGUUGGGGAAUAACAAUGCUUGUUUAUUAGAAGACGAAAAAGUGAAGAAGGUAAUACCACAAGGUCCAGUAUAUUAUCCAACUGAUGAAGAGUUUAAAGAUCCAUUAGAAUACAUAUACAAGAUUAGGCCAGAAGCAGAACCAUAUGGAAUAUGUAGGAUUAUUCCUCCUAACAAUUGGAAACCCCCUUUUGCUUUAGAUUUAGAAUCAUUUACUUUUCCUACUAAAACACAAGCUAUACAUCAAUUGCAAGCUAGGUCAGCAUCUUGUGAUCCUCAAACAUUUGAAUUGGAAUAUAAUCGGUUUUUGGAAACUCAAUUUGGAAAGAGAAAUAGGAAGAAAGUGGUUUUUGAAGGCGAAGAUUUGGAUUUCUGCAAGUGUUAUAACGCCGUUAAGCGUUAUGGAGGUUAUGAUAAGGUUGUUAAGGAGAAAAAAUGGGGUGAAGUUUAUAGGUUUAUUGUGGGUUCAGCUGGCGUCGGGAAGAUUUCAGAGUGUUCAAAACAUGUUUUGUCUCAGUUGUACCGUGAACAUUUGUAUGAUUAUGAAAUGAUUAACAAGAAGAAUAAGCCUGUGACUUUGAAAAAGUGCAAGAGAGGUAUGAGGUGUGAUAGGGUCAAGAAAGUUGAGGACCAGCAGUCAGAUGGUGCUUCGACUAGUAGUUCCUUCAAGAGGAGAAAAAAGAACUCACAUGGAGACGUAAGCAAAGAUGACAAGUUAGAGAAGAAGAAAGAAGAAGUAAAUGAGUUUGAUCAGAUUUGUGAACAAUGCAAUAGUGGGUUGCAUGGAGAAGUUAUGCUUUUGUGUGAUAGGUGUAAUAAGGGUUGGCAUAUAUAUUGUCUUUCACCGCCUCUAAAGCAGGUGCCUACUGGAAACUGGUAUUGCUUGGAAUGUGUGAAUUCUGAGAAAGAUAGUUUUGGGUUUGUGCCUGGUAAACGCUUCUCUUUAGAAACAUUUAGGCGUCUAGCUGAUAGGGCUAAGAAGAAGUGGUUUGGCUCAACAACUCCAUCUAGAGUGGAGAUAGAGAAAAAGUUUUGGGAAAUUGUGGAGGGUUCAGUUGGUGAAGUUGAAGUUAUGUAUGGCAGUGAUUUGGAUACUUCUAAAUAUGGAAGUGGAUUUCCUCGUGCUGAGGACUCACGGCCGCCAGCAAUUGAGGUUGAGGUUUGGGACAAGUAUACAUCUAGUCCGUGGAAUCUCAAUAAUUUGCCCAAAUUGCAAGGAUCGAUGCUUCAGGCAGUUCAUGAAAAUAUUGCUGGUGUGAUGGUGCCCUGGUUGUAUAUUGGGAUGUUGUUUUCAUCGUUUUGUUGGCAUUUUGAGGAUCACUGCUUUUAUUCGAUGAAUUAUUUACACUGGGGGGAGCCAAAAUGCUGGUAUAGUGUUCCUGGUAGUGAAGCCCAUGCAUUUGAACAGGUUAUGCGAAGCAGUCUUCCCGAUCUAUUCGAAACACAACCAGAUCUGUUGUUCCAGCUUGUCACCAUGUUGAAUCCUUCUGUUCUGCAAGAGAAUGGUGUUCCAGUAUAUACUGUACUCCAGGAGCCUGGGAAUAUCGUCAUAACUUUUCCCAGGUCUUAUCACGGAGGUUUUAACUUUGGCUUGAAUUGUGCUGAGGCUGUUAAUUUUGCACCUGCUGACUGGCUGCCCCACGGUGGUUAUGGUGCUGAGCUGUAUAGGUUGUAUCACAAGGCCGCAGUGUUAUCUCACGAGGAGCUCCUGUGUGUGGUAGCCAAGAGUGGCUGUGAUAUAAAGGUGUCAUCUUACUUGAAGAAAGAAUUGCACAGAGUAUUUACUAAAGAGAAAACUUGGAGGGAGCGUUUAUGGAAAAAUGGCAUCGUGAAGACUUCCCCAAUGUAUGCACGUAAGCAUCCUGAUUUUGUUGGAACUGAAGAGGACCCCACUUGCAUUAUAUGCCAGCAAUAUUUGUAUCUUUCUGCUGUUGGAUGUGGAUGCAGAAAAUCCACCUUCGUCUGCCUGGAGCACUAUGAACACCUCUGUGAGUGCAACCCUGCCAAGCAACGUCUUCUCUACCGUCACACACUUGCCGAAUUGGAAGACAUGGCACUUUUAGCUGACAACGGUGACUUAGAUGAGGCAUGCAAAACUAGAAGCUGCCGGCGACAACUUUCAAGCUCUAAUGAUAUACCUAUUUUGGCAAAAGAGGUAAAAGGUUGUCGGGUUACUCAUGUUCAACUCGCGGAAGAGUGGAUUUUGAGCACUAUUAAAAUCCUUGAGAGCUCAUUUUCUGAGUCUGCAUAUGUCAGUGCACUAAGUGGAGCUCAACAGUUUCUAUGGGCUGGUCCUGAAAUGGAUCCGGUGCGUGGCCUGGCAAAAAGUUUGGUUGAAGCCAAGAAAUGGGCUCUGGAAGUAAAGAGUUGCCUCUGCAAACUCAAGUCAUGGCUGCAACAUCGAGUAAAUGAUACACAGAAAGUGACUUUGGGAUACGUAGAAAAUUUGUUGAGUGUUAAUCCGGUUCCUUGUAAUGAGCCUGGGCAUCUCAAAUUGAAGGUCUAUACAGAAAAAGCUAAGUUGUUGGUUCUAGAGAUAAAAUCUGCACUUUCACCAUCUUCGGGUGCCUCAAUAGCUGAUUUGGAAUUAUUAUACUCUAGAGCAAGUGAAUGUCCAAUUCAUAUAGAAGAAAUGGGAAACUUAGCAAAAGAAAUCUCUUUGGCAAAGGCUUGGAUAGAUAGCACAAGGCAGUGUAUCUCGGUGGAUAGAUCUGUUAAAGUUGAGGUUGAUGUUCUUCACAAGUUAAAGUCAGAGAUGUUGGAGCUUCAUGUUCAGUUCCCGGAAAUGGAGGUGCUUUUGGACAUUUUAAGGCAAGUCGAAUCGUGGCAAGUUAAGUGCCACGCAAUGCUGGAAGCUCCUAUCACUUUGAAGGACCUUGAAAUUCUUCUCCAAGAUGCAGAUAAUUUUUUUUUUGCCAUUCCUGAGUUGAAGCUUUUGAAGCAAUAUCACCUUGAUGCUAUUUCAUGGAUUUCCCGCUUCCAUCAUGUUUUAGUAAAUGUAAACGAACGGGAGGAUCAAGAUAAACUUGUAGAAGAACUAACUUGUAUUUCUGCGGAUGGAGCAUUAUUGAGAGUACAGGUUGAUGAAUUGCCUCUCGUUGAGGUAGAAUUAAAGAAGGCAUGUUGCAGGGAAAAAGCUCAGAAGGCAAGUCGAACUCAAAUGCCUCUUACCUACAUCGAAGAACUGAUUUCCGAGGCUGUUAUACUUCAAAUUGAGGAUGAGAAAUGGUUUAAAAACAUUUCUGGAGUACUUGCUGACGCAAAGUCUUGGGAAGAACGAGCAAAACAAGCUCUCAGAAAUUUAACUCAGAUGUCAGACCUUGAGGAUCUUAUGAGGACGUCGGACAGAAUUUUUGCGGUUCUACCUUCGCUAGUUGACCUCAAAGAUGUAUUAUCAUUUUCUAGAUCAUGGAUUAGAGAUUCUCAACCAUUUCUGGCGUUGUCUCUUCUAUCCAGCGAUCCUUCAAGUUCUCCUGUGAAAUUUGAUUCCCUUAAGGAGCUAGUUUCUCAGUCAAAACUUUUGAAGGUGCGCUUGGAAGAACCAAGGAUGCUUCAGGAAAUGUUGAAGGACUGUGAGUCCUGGCAGGAGGAUGCUCAUGCUUUAUUAGAACAAGCAGAUUCUUUCCUGAUGCUGCACAAUGUUAGUGUAGAUAAUGGGUGUCACACUAGGAUCGUAGAGCUACUUCAGUUGAUUCAGUCUGUCACAAUGAAAGGACAGCUUUUAGGUGUUGACUUUGACGAGAUUCCAAAACUUCAAAAAGUUUCCUCCAAACUAGAGUGGUGCUUAAGGGCUAUUACAUCCCUCCUCGCAACUCCUUCACUUAAGGCAGUUGAUAGCUUAAUAGAAAGUGCAAAGUCUGUCCCAUGUGAGCGUGAUGAUUUGGUAAAUUCGUUGAUUGAUGGUGUUAUCUGGCUCAAGAAGGCACUGGAAAUAGUUUCUUCGCGCGGUAAAAGAUGCAAGUUGAGUGAUGUUGAAGAAAUUGUUGAUGAAGCUCAAAUGAUUAAAGUCCCUUUUCCAUUGAUGGUUGACCAGCUUGUUAUUAGUAUGGAAAAACAUAAAUCCUGGCAGGAGAAGGUGCAUGUGUUCUUUAGUUCAAACUCCGCAGAGAAGUCCUGGUCCGCGUUGUUACAGCUCAAGGAAUUUGGGGAUUCAGAUGCCUUCGAUUGUCCAGAGUUGGACAGAGUUAACUCUGAAAUUGUAAAAGUUGAGAAGUGGAUUCUUUCUUGCAAAGAGAUCAUUGGUCCUUCUGUUAGUGACAUGAACUCCUUGUGCACUGCUUUAGUCUCAAUAAAGCAUUCCAUGGAUAGAUCCAUCCAGUUAUAUCAAGACGCGAGCUGUUGCAGUGCCAGAAGUUUGCAUGUGUGCUGCUUCAGUGCUUCUGGAAAUCAAGAAAUAUUUGCUUGCUUCAAGUGUAAUGACAGGUACCACCUUUCAUGCCUGGGGUCAAUGUUUCCUAUAACAAGUCUUGCAAGAGAAAAUACAUGCCCUUAUUGCCUUCUUUUGGAAAGUGGAGCUGUAUCUCGAAAUGAAUGCCGUAGUUUGAUAUCCAGGGGAGCACGCCCUGAACUGAAGAUGCUCAAUGAACUACUCUCUGUGGCCAACGAUUUCUGCAUGCGGAUUAAAGAAAUAGAUAUUCUUGAAAAGCUCGUGGAACAAACUCUUGCCUGCCAAUCCCUAAUGGCAGAAACUGUGGAUUUCGUCCUUGGUUAUCAUGAUAAAGAUAUUGUCCCAAUAUCUCGAAGACUUUUGGUUCCCUUGAAGGCAGUAGGAGUUGCGGGUGUGUUUGAUCAUGAUGGUACUCGCAACUUGGAGAUGGCAGUAGUGAUACACUCGUGGAAAAUCAGAGUCAAGAUGCUGUUUGAGAAUUCAGAGAAGCCGCAUAUCCAAAACAUUCAGCGCAUGCUGAAAGAGGGGUCACAAUUGAAUGUGCCAUCUGGUGAUUAUUUCAUCCAUGAACUUACAAAGAUGAAGUGUGUAGGUUUACAUUGGGUAGAACUUGCUAGAAAGGUUGCCUCGGAUUCUGGGCAUCUCGAGUUGGAUGAAGUAUUUAAAUUAAUUAGGGAGGGUGAAGACUUGCCAGUGCAUCUGGACAAAGAGAUCAAAUUAUUAAGAGAUCGUAGUGUACUUUAUUGCAUUUGCCGGAAGCCUUACAAUAACAAAGCACCAAUGAUUGCUUGUGACUUGUGUGAAGAGUGGUAUCACUUCGAUUGUGUUAAAAUAUGUGAACCAGCACCAAACAACUACCUCUGUCCUGCUUGUAAGCCCCUGGAGGAGAAAGAGCCUUUGUCGUCACUACUAAAGGGAGAGAGAUUAUCUGGGACUGGGUCUGAUGAUGUGGGUCCUCAGACACCUCUUCCUCAGGGCAACGAAUCGAGGAGAAGACGUAGAAAGUUAAGUUCUAAUAGAAGGCGGCAGACGCGGAUGUUGGUUGCGGAUCUUGGAAUGAUGUUAAGGCACUCUGAUGGCAUUGAUCAAUUAUGGUGGAGAAAUAGGAAGCCUUUGAGGAGAACAUCUAAAAAACGUGCGGAGUUGGAAAGCCUCUCCCCGUUCUAUAAUUUGUAACAUUAACAGAUCCAUCAGAUAGUUAUUAGUUCAAUUUAUUCAUUCGAUUAGUUGUUAUUCUUAGUCCCGUGUUCUAUUAAAAAGUUCGAGUUGCAUUAGUUUUUUCUGUAGGCUACGACCUGUAUAAAAGGGUAUCAAUAUUAUGUUUCUACCAUGCUGGCUA